AUGAAGCUCACUUUCACUGUCCUGCUGGCAUCCGCCAUCACUGGCGUCUUCGCCAUUCCUACGCCCACCGAGCAAGGUCCCAUCACUGCUCGCCAAGCGGCGAGUGCUUGCGCGACUGCUGUCACUUUGUCUGGCAACCCUUUCGCAGGACGUUCGAUCUACGCCAACAAGUUCUACUCGUCUGAAGUCAUCUCCGCUGCUGCCUCCAUCACCGACAGCGCAUUAAAGGCCAAGGCGACCAAGGUUGCUUCGGUCGGAACCUACCUCUGGAUUGACACCCGAGCCAAGAUCGCCACUGUUGAGGAUGCUAUCAAGGAUGUUGCCUGCAACCAGAUUGCUGCUCUCGUCAUCUACGAUCUCCCCGGCCGUGACUGUGCUGCUAAGGCUUCCAACGGUGAACUUGCUGUCGGCCAGCUUGAUGUCUACAAGACACAGUACAUUGACCCCAUUGUCGCUAUUAUCAAGAAGUACCCCAAGGUCGCUAUCUCUUUGAUCAUCGAGCCUGACUCUCUUCCCAACCUUGUCACCAACAUCAAUCUUGCUACAUGCCAGGCAUCCGCUGCCGGCUACCGUGAGGGUGUCGCAUACGCACUCAAGCAACUCAACCUCCCCAACGUAGCCAUGUACCUCGAUGCCGGCCACGGUGGCUGGCUGGGCUGGAACGACAACCUUAAGCCUGGAGCCCAAGUACUCGCCGACGCUUACAUCGCUGCCGGCAAGCCCCAGUCCCUCCGCGGCAUCUCCACCAACGUUGCCGGUUGGAACGCCUGGGACCUCACCCCCGGCGAGUUCUCCAACACUGCCGACGCGCAAUACAACAAAGCCCAAAACGAGAAGGCCUACGUCGAGCUCUUCGCCCCCUACCUCAAAGCCGCCGGCAUGCCAUCCCAAGCCAUCGUCGACACAGGACGCAACGCCGUGCAGGGCCUGCGCAAGGCGUGGGGCGACUGGUGUAACGUCAACGGCGCCGGAUUCGGUGUGCGCCCUACGACAAGCACAGGAUCGAGCCUCGUCGACUCGUUCGUCUGGGUCAAGCCUGGUGGCGAAAGUGACGGUACCAGUGACACGUCUGCUGUGCGGUACGACUCGUUCUGCGGGCUUGACGAUGCUUUCAAGCCCAGCCCUGAGGCGGGACAGUGGAACCAGGCGUACUUUGAGAUGCUACUCAAGAACGCUAAGCCGUCUUUCUAGACUGGGGGUGCUAAGAAAGCCCACCCGUAUGUAACAUUGGGGCCAAGGAAAAGGAGGUGGAGGCAGC